AUGUUUGAGCCAGAAGAGCCCGAGAGUGUGAAUGAAAACAAAAUGUGGUACUCGCAGCUCGUAGGCCCAUCUUUGCAGGAUUUCGGAGAAGGUAAGUGGCGGGCUGUGGUGCCAGUUCCUGGCAACAUUCUCUGCUGCCCGCCCUGGAAUGCAUCUCAUGUUCUUCGAAUAAAUGCAAACGACCCCGAGCAGCUCCAGGUGGAAGCAACAGGCUGUGAUUUGGGGAACGGUGAGGGCAAGUGGAAGUCCGGCGUGUUGGGGGCUGAUGGCCAUAUCUACUGUCCGCCCUGGUUUGCUUCGCAUGUUCUGCGAAUCGAUCCACAUGUGGGAACGUCGGAGCUUAUUGGGCCCGAGCUCAUGCUGCCGGAUCCCGUCAAGCUGGCCCAGGAAUUUGGGGACAGCAUCGGUGAUGGGGACGGUGACCUAAAUGAUGAGCAGUGGGGAAAGUGGAUGGACGGGACGCUGGCAUGCAAUGGCUGCUUGUACUGCCAUCCGUGGUGUGCGAAUCGCGUCCUCAAGAUUGACACUCGAAAUGGGUCUGUGGAGCUGAUAGGUCCUGACCUGGGUUGGGCUCCGGACAAGUAUCAUGCUGCAGUGUUAGGAACAGAUGGGGUUAUCUACUGCCCUCCUCAUUCCGCCAGACAUAUUUUGAGAGUUGACGCCUCCACAGACCAAGUUGGCUUCAUUGGACCUGAUUUCGGGGAAACGCCUGGAAAGUGGUGGGCAGGAGCCAUGACUCUGGUCAACACCAUACUUUGCCCACCGCAUUCAGCUGGGCAGGUCCUGCAGAUUGACCUCUUCAGCCAGACGUGCAGCUUGAUCGGGAGAAGCAUUGGUGAUGGCGAGGCAAAGUAUCGUGCGAUCGUGCAAAGCAACGAUGGCUGCUUUUACUGCCCACCAUGCAAUGCACCACAGGUGCUCUGUAUUGAUCCGCUCGUGCCGGAUGCGGACUACAUAGGUCCAGACUUCUGCUGCGGCGGCUUCAAAUGGGUUGUGGCUGGCUUGGGUGAAGAUGGCUGCGUCUACAGUCCGCCUUGGCUGGCGCACAAAUCACUUCGCGUGGAUGUGCCAACACGAUGGGCCCGACAGAUAGGAAAAAAUCAAGGUUGGGGCGGCGGCAAGUGGGAGGCAAUGUAUCCGCACGAGGAUGGCUUCUUCUAUUGCCCUCCACUGUGCGCAACAGACGCGUUGAGCCUGGACACGCUCAUUGGCACGACGGAGUUGCUGACUCCUGACUUGGGCAAAGUCUCCAAGAAGUGGCGCUGCGCAGGAAGGUCGUGUGCAGGAGAUGUGUACUGCCCACCCUUUGGACACGACAAGGUGUUGCGCUUGACAUUCAAAAGUUUGCAAUUGGAUUCGCCAUCGGGAACAAAGGAUGUGCCUGGAUCACGAGCUUCAAGCCAUGUGCAAGAAUCACGGGCUUCAAGCCGUACACAGGCCUAA